AUGGCCAACGAAAAGGCACAGUUUUCGUGAGUUCAUAGCAUUUCAUUUAUUUUUCCGGCUUUACUUUAGGUACCUGCCAAAGAUCUUAAACGGAGGUUUCGCCGGUAUUGUUGGUGUAACAUGUGUUUUCCCUCUGGACUUGGUGAAAACCAGACUGCAGAACCAGAGGUCGGUUCCGGGACAACCACUACAGUAUAAAGGAUUGUAAGUCGCUCUCUGCAUUGCCUUAUUGCUUACUUAGAGUUGAUUGUGCGCAAAAAACUUGGCGAAGUGGAGGUAUAAGGGCUAUAUACUCAGGAUCUGGAGUCAAUAUAUUGUUGAUAACACCAGAGAAAGCUAUAAAAUUGGUUGCCAACGACUUCUUUCGAUAUCAAUUGGCAGUACCUAAUCAAAAGUAAGUCGGAUUACUGUAGUUUGACUGAUGUGAUUGCUUUUACGGAAAAAUAAACGAAUCCUUUUCAGAACCCUUCCGCCAUUCCGAGGUAUGGUUGCCGGUGGUUUAGCCGGACUCUGCCAGAUUAUAGUGACCACUCCCAUGGAACUUCUAAAGAUCCAGCUGCAGCGUGAGUGAAUUUAUUUUUGAUUAUUUCUGAUCUUUAGAAGCCCAAGGAACGAAGUUGAGUGCCACACAGUUAGCGCUUUCCUUAUUCAAGGAGAAAGGAAUUGCUGGUUUAUAUCGGGGAAUUGGCCCCACCAUGGCCAGAGACGUGACCUUCUCCAUGAUUUAUUUCCCUCUUUUUGCUCACUUAGAUUCGCUAGCGCCAAGGAAGAGUGAUGGAAGUGGAGAUGCGGUGUUCUACGGCUCAUUUAUUUCCGGAAUAACAGCUGGGGCUGUUGGAUCAUUCUCUGUUACGCCCCUGGAUGGUAAGUUGCAUCACAGUAAUAAAAGAUGCAAUUACAGUAAUCAAAACGAGAAUACAACUGAUUAGCAAAGUCCCUGGAGCCUCCACCUAUAAUGGAAUCGCGGAUGCGUUUGUGUAAGCCGUUUAGAAUAUGUUUCAGAGUUUGCAAGUGUAAUAUGAUCUCUGAUUAAUUUCAGAAAAAUCCUAAAGGAAGAAGGUCCCCGAGCUCUCUUCAAAGGCGCCGCUUUGCGUAUGAUGGUCAUGGCUCCAUUAUUCGGUAUCGCUCAGACAGUAUAUUACAUUGGAGUGGCCGAGUAUUUCUUAGGAAUCAAGAAAGUACAGCAUGUGUAA